AUUUGGCGCUGAAUUUGGUUGGCCCAUCAAUGCGCGUUAUUUGUUUUGACUACGGAAUUUGUAUAUUUUGCUUUUGUUAGUUAGAUGGUAAUCUAUGAACCUUUGAACCACAUUUUGAAGGAGGUGGUCUGCUUCACAUUAUGAGCAGUGUUCGGCCGAUCUCUUUCACAGCUGCUAAAUUGCUAUGGGACCCAGAACUAAAUCCAUCUUGUCGAACUCCUUUAUAUCGAGUUGAUGGCAUUGUAGAGGGGCGAAACGAACCAGACCCAGAUCCAGUGGUUGAUCCUAGACGCCCUUUGCACUUUAGAAAUUUUUGCAAGAAAACGAUUGUUGAUCUCCCGAUCCCGAGUUUCAAGAUCGAUUUAUAUUACGUGGGUGAAAAACCAGAAAAAGAGGUCACUUUCUCAAAUCUUAAUGAUAACAUCACAUUUAAGAACCUAGAAGACAUGUGUCGUAAAUUCGGUACGAUUAUAGAAGCGAAAAUAUACUAUCAUCCAAAAUCACAAUGUCACCUUGGUAUCGGAACCGUUGUAUUUACAUCUUCUAAAAGUGCAAGAGCAUGUGUGGAACAUCUUAACCAGACAUCAAAGAUGGGGAAUAUAAUGACCGUGCAAGUGGAUCCUUUUGGUAAAAUUAGAAUCCGGUUGAUUGCUGAACAAAUGGCUGAUCUUCUGCCUUCAAACUCUUGUGGUCAAUUCCAACUCCCAGAAAAAUCUUUUGCUAAUCAGAUACACAGCCACAUACCUUCUGAUUUCUCAUCACAAGGUUCCUCGAAUUGUGAAGUUAGUUCACACAAUCCCACUCCACGUCAGUCCCAUACGUCCUCAAAUCUUAGCGAUCACAAAGCGGUCGAAACUUUGCCACAACCGCAUUGCAUGACAACUUUCAAAUCUCACUUGUUUUUCAAAGCAUCUGAUAAGCAAGAAUCGGACUUAAAAACACAUUUACGUCCUGACAAGUCGGCAUGUGUUCUGAACGACGGUGAUAUUUCAGAAAUAUCCUGUGCCGCGACCCACUGGCAUCGAGAAGCUUCGUCUAAUUUAAAUAUUGACAAAAGUACUUCAGGUGUUUUAGCAGACCAACAUACAUUGGGACUUGAAGCCAAUACAUGUGUUUCUAAAAAGCUUUCUAGCCAACAAGAUGAUGCAAAACUUCAUGAAUCCCGUUAUUGCGAAGAAUCUCUUGAAGCUCGCAUACAAAAAUUGCUUAAACUGAAUUGUGUGAAACCAGUUCCCGAGUUAAAGGAUACUCAAAAUACCCCAGUGGUUUCAGAUAGUAACUCGAAGGUCACUUGCAAUCUUCCAGUCUCUUCAGAAGCAUGUAUUUCGACCAAUGUACGUAUCAAGUCGGAUGAUUUAAAACGGUUUGAAAGCCCUUCAAAUCAAGUGAUUCAGAAGGGAAACACGCAUUUUGAUUCAACGAAAAAUACACGAGUAGUAACAAGCCCGUCAUCCAACCGUCGCACUCUUUUACCUACUCCUGAUGGAUCAAUUGAGAAUACCAAGACUUCUUUGUUCAACUUUCAUCGUCCGCCUCUCUUAAAAACUCCUUAUAAACCAGUGGAUGUUCAAGAAGUAAUAAGAAUAAUCGAUGACGUUCAUAUGGUUUUUGUGGAUGAGUUGCGAGGAAUCAUACAUCGGGAUAUAACCCGAAAGCUUGUUGAAGGUCAGGCAUUUAAAUUAUUUUCCGAUUGGUGGGAUUCAAAAGGACAAGACUGCAAACAAAAUCAUGCCAGUAGUCAUCACAAUACUAAAGAGGAGAGUGUGAGUAGUCAUUCUGUAGACCAUCCAAAUACAUCUCAUGAUUCUACCGUUCCAUCAUAUCAAAACCAAAGUGUUAGUGCGAACAUGUCUAAUUCCUCAUUUGCUCCUACUUCAGUUUCUUCUAGUAUUCCUGUGUCAACCAUGUCUGACAGUAACUCCGUAUCUUCGAACUUUAAACUUUUUGGUUUGGGUAUGUUUACAACCUUAAGAUCUGCUUUACCAAAAAUUAAACGCAAACCUCGUCUACCAAGUCCUGGACCCAUACCUUUAAACAUAGUAGCUUCCACGUCAAAGACUGAGUCUCUUACUAUCUGUCAAGAUGAACAAAAUGUAAAUUUUAGGAGUAAAACUGACUUAAGGCUAGAAGGAUCACCUGUUUGGAAAAAUCGUGGUUCUCUAAUGCAAAAAGCAAGUAACACAUCAAGUUCAGACGAGAAUAAUGGUGAAGUUAAUAUUCGUGGUAAAAUCUCUGAAUCUUCAGGUAGUGAAAGUUCCAUGGAACAAACAGAUCAAAUAACUAGUGAUCGUGUACGAAACCGUUGCAGCUCAAAAGAACAUCAGGAUAAGCAUAGAUAUCAUCACGUUAGAAAACGCUCUGGAACUUCAAGGUUAAAUGACAAGUAUGAAUAUGCUCGGUCACAGUCUAAAUUUCCUUCAAAAUCAAGUCAUUUUUCUGAAAAUAUUCGUACAAGCGAUUAUACUUCAUCGGAUAAUGAUAGUGAACACAUUUCUCCUUCAAAAUCCCUUCAGCAUAUUAAGUCCCGUAGGGAACAUGCGCGUGUUUCAGAUGUAUUUUCAAAAAGCGAUUCGAAAAGUCCUGUUGGAUCGAGUUUACCAUCUGAUACUGAAAGUUCAGAUCUAUCAACUGAACCACAAAAUAACCCCGAUGAAGCUCGAAGAUUUACAAAACCUUCACCAGAUGAACUUUCUGAGAUUUCAGAUUUUAAAACAGACUCCCCUAAUCGUUGUCGUUUAUCACUUUUAGAAACAUCACAGUUUGAAUCUACGCAGAACAGAAAUUCCAAUGAUUCACUUUCUUCACCUAUUUCUUCACAACCAGAGUGUGCAUUGGAUUCCGAAGAAAACGAAGAUACACAGCUAACGGUCGCUGGUAAAACCCAAAAACCUGAAAGUUCUACUGCCUUUCAACGAUCACCUGUCUCCAAACCUGUUUGUCCUGUUCAAGAGGUUCAACGCAGAAGAGGUCGGCCACGAAAGAAAAACCAAUUGUCACCUAAAUACUCAUCUAAUUUCAGUCCGCAAAAAGAGACGUUUGGUUUUGAAGACUCUUUAGUUUCUACAGAAUCUAGUUCUGAAGAUGAUAUGUUUAAGACGAAUGAUGUUAGUUCCCGCGAUUUCUCUACUUGUGAUAAUAUCCCUUCAAAAGUUAACCAAGUGAAUCAUCAAUCAAACACCGAUUGGUCUAUAUUACGCGCAUCUUUGGAGUUUCAGCCUUCAGAUUUUACUACUAUUCCUUUGACGUAUAACUCUCAACCUUCUGGAGGUUCACGUAGAAAGCAGAAUCUUGGUGGCUUAUGCAGAAACAAUAUGGCCUUGUCAACUGUUGAUCAAAUUAAUAAAUAUACAUCAUUUCCAGACACUGAUAUUCCUCAGAAAAUGAGUUUAAUUUCUGAUCACAGAUAUCCUUUAUACCAUUCUCCGGGAUUUCCUGCCUCAGUAAACUCAAGGGAUCGUGAUAACUUGAAGCUAUCUGAAAAAUAUUUAAAGUCUGAUGAUUUAGAUGGAGAAAGUACGGAUGGUGCUUCAAUGGAAUCUGUAGAUAUUGUAGAAACUGUGGAGUGUAAAUAUAUGUGGCCUGAAUCCCUCCUCACUGAGCAUAAUUAUUUUCGUGUUCCUGAAAUCGGAUCUGUUAUUCACUAUCGAUCUACUAGGAAAGUAGCUAAACACAAUUUAAAGUCAAAGGAUAGUUUCGUCGACAGUCAUUUGACCACAGCGGACAAACUACGAAAACGGUCUUGGCCGACAGACCCUAUGUACAUUAGUGGUGACGUCAGUGAUGAUGAUUCCCAUGGUUCUUCCAAGUGGUUCAAACUGUCGAAGCGUUCGAACGUUUCGGAGUUAAGGAAUGAAGAGGUCCCUGGAAGUUGUAAAGCUGACUUAAAAGCUAAUAAGCUUUUGACAGAUGAGAAUAAGAAGCCGAAGUAUAUUAAAGCAAAACCUGAAACUUCGAAAGUUCGUGGGUCACGUGAACUGGCUAGUCUUUUAGCACCAGUACCUAAAUCUGAAAUUCGUCGUGUUAUGGGUGAAUCUUGCGGUCUACUGAAAGAAGAAAUGUACAAACGUAUGUCUGGAGAGCGAGGUUUUUCUCGAUCACAACCACAUUUUCAACCAAGGUCGGCAUCUGAAGAAGAUUACAUCCUGAGGAGUAUUUUCGUUUUUGGUAUAGAUGCAGAAGAUCUUAGUUUUAUGUGUGAAGCUUAUCAGUUUCUGCUAAGUAAAUGCCACUCACCAUUAGAUAUCAAUUCACAUGAUAAUUCCAAACAAGACAAUUAUUAUAUGAACGCUAAAGUCGUUGAUCCUCGUGUUGUAAAUAUUAUAAACCUUUCACACUGGGUUGAACAUCCGCCUACCCUUGCCGCUGAUCCCAUUACUGUCACAACGCACGUUAACAAUAAUGGACAUCUUGUUAAUUCACGCAAUUUGUGGUCAGGUCGACAAAAGCCUGAGCGUCAACGAUAUCAAGACAAAUUAUUGUGUUCUAAAAAUUCCACAUCCAAAUUAUCUUCUGUUCAUCAUAAAUCCUUUGCACGAUCAUCUGAUUCAGAUGACCUUAAUUCCUCUUUAUCUGAUCAACCACUAAAUUACUCUUCUGAUGAAAAACACAAAAAGGAUUUGAGCAACAGCUCAGUAUGUAAAAAGGAAUGUUCUCCCACUUACUCACCUGUAAAUACUUCAUAUAAUCACAAACUAAGACUCUCCUGGCCUAAGUUUGAUGACCAAAUACUGGCAGUAGCGAAUUAUGCCGCUUCCUUAAAUGAGAAUGUUGAUGCAGUUGGAGAUAGUGUUGAUAUUCACCUUGGUCCUGCAGCUUGUUUACCGCCAAUCCAUUCAUCAGGGUCAGCUCGAACACAAGGCUAUUACCGAAUGCCUACCGAGGAAAGAUUUCGACGUCCUUGGUGUGUCGGUCGGAGUUUAAUUGGAGAAGACGGUCGUCGUCGCCCUAUUCCCUUAAUGCCUGCAACUGUACAAGCACAGCUUGGAGGUGAUGCAGCAUUACAAGCUAUCGGUGAAAAUAUUGAGGAACGUUUAACCGAACAAGCAUCCGAAGCCAAGAAAAAACAACUCACUCAAUUUCGAGAGGCUCGAUCUGUUCAACGUCGAUUGUUAGCUGAAUUUCAAGAUAUUGAAACUGGCGAUUUGCUUAAAUUUAAUCAGUUAAAGUUUCGUAAAAAGCAACUCAUAUUCGCCAAAUCGCCUAUCCAUGCAUGGGGCCUUAUAGCUUUGGAACCAAUAGCUGCCGAAGAAAUGGUGAUUGAAUAUGUUGGCCAUGUGGUUCGUAAGGGUGUCGCUGAGCUACGUGAACAUCAAUAUGAAGCCAAAGGAAUCGGUGGCUCUUAUCUUUUCCGGAUUGAUGAUGAAUUUGUAAUUGAUGCCACAAUGUGUGGCAAUAAUGCUCGGUUUAUCAACCACAGUUGUCAGGUAUGCUUUAUAUGAAUGUCAGAUUAUUUUAUCAACUAUUUACUUAAGAAAUGUCAUAACUGAUUUAUGUAGAGAUGUUCAAUACUGUUUGUUUACGUUUAAUGUAACUGUAUUUUCCAUCAUGUUAAUCGUUAACAUAGUAAUCGAUACUGACUAAAGUUCUCACAUUCGUCUUUCGAUAAAUCAUAUAGUACGUUUACAUAAACGUAGUAUCCAGUGUAGUGAUCAUCAAUAAACAUUUUGUAUCAAAUACUCAGUACAUUUUUUUACUGAUGUAUAUGUUUGGAUAGUGAUUAGGUUUUGUUGUUCUGCUUAUUCAUAUACUACUCAAGAAAUUGUGCGAUAUAUGAGUGAUGUUUUCUUUUGACUGUUCCAAUAUUUUGUUUUUGAAAUCCCGAACAAGUGAUGCUGGAUUUUUUUAUUGUGAUCACUAUAUAUGUCCAUCCGAACGUUGGGAAGCUUUAUUUAGUUAAUAAAAUAAGACAUUUUCUGUUGCGUAUUUACACGAUGACAUGUUUUACAUUUUAUUAUAUAGUUUAUUCACUAUGUAGAAGCGCUUAUUUUCAAAUUUGAGUUCAUUUUAUGGUUCAGUCUUAUAAAUAUAUGUUUUGAAAUUCAGGUUAAAAUCUUCUAAAUAAUUGAUUCAGUAAAUACGAAGUAUGGUAACAAAAUGUCAUUAACAAAUGUAUAGUUAAUUAUCACUAUAGAAAAAAAAUAUAUGCUUGUGAUUGUACAUCUUUGUGAAUGAAUUAGUUGGAAAAAAACUCUUCACUGAAUCAAUCUUUCCUGUUCUUAUGUCUCUGAGAUUCCAUCUUUAUCCGCGUCAGAAUACUUUUUAUUAUCAUUCUGAAUUUUAUUUACAUGUGCUGUAUUGAGUAUUUUCUUGUUUUAUGCUUGUACAUUUGAAGCUAAAACUAAUGCUUACAUUUAACUUUUUUCAUAGUACUUUUAAGGUGAAUGUUAUCAUUUAUGGAUAUCACUUACUCAGCGUUAAUAAGGUCAUUUAACUAUAUUCUCUGUUAUCUUAUAGAUUGGUGUUAUCAAGAAUGUUAAAUAUUGGGUCAUUUACAGUGCAGAUGUAGUCAUCUUUUUUUUAAAUAACUGAAAUCGAUAAAUCUUAGUUUAAAAAUAUCCAUAUUCAGCCGUUCGGUAGGGGGACGGAAUUCGCACCCUGAUGGUUACUGAUAUCGAUUGUGUUUCUUUUUUUAUAUGAAACAAAACCAGCGUUUUGUGCUUUGUUGAAUAAUUUUUACAAAAUAAAGAUAAUUUUAUUUUUGUUUCUCAUCCCCAGUAAAACACAAACCCUAACAUACAGCCAAAACAAUAUUUCAGGCAGAAUAAUAUCAGUUCAUUAUAUUUCGUGGUUUCUCAUCAGCUUCUCACAAUCAUAUAUAAUAUUAAAGUGUAACAUCGAGGUAUGAUAUAUAAUGUAAAGCGAUUGGCAUUGAUAACGGAAAGAAUUAAAGUAACAAAGGCUAUGAAUAAUAAC